AACAUAUACUACCACAACGGCCCACAGUCCGCCCCAAAUUUUGCUUAACGUCCCUAGCGUUCAAACAAGUGAACAACCAUCUCACCGCCGGUCGCCGCCGUCGUCCGUCGUCAUCUCAGACGCCGCUGCCGCUGCCGCUGCUUUCAGCAACCUCUCACCGUUCAAAUAAAAAUGGAAACCGGACAGUACCUCGGUGAAAUCUCAGCUCUCUGUUUUCUCCACCUCUCUCCACCAUCUCCUUCACUUCCAUAUCUCCUUGCAGGAACUGGUUCGCAGCUUCUGUUCUAUGACCUAGCUACUUCCACUAUGAUUGCUUCAUAUCAAGUGUUUGAUGGAAUUAGGGUUCACGGAAUAUGUUGUAUGACGUCACUGGAUACUGAAAGUACUUUCAGAGUGGCUGUGUUUGGUGAACGCAGACUCAAAUUGUUUGUAUUCAACAUUCAGUUGUCGGAUCAUGAUGAUAAAACGCUUGUUAAUCUGGUUUCUGUUCAGUGUUUGCCUAAUUUAGGUCACUGGAUUUUGGAUGUCUGCUUCAUACAGGAUUCUGUAGAUGAAGGGAGGCAGUUUAUUUCUAUUGGAUGCACUGAUAACUCUGUUUAUUUUUGGGACAUGUUGACAUCUACAGUCAGCUAUCAGGUUAGCUCUCCAGACAGAUGUCUUCUAUAUACGAUGCGAAUGUGGGGUGACAAAAUUGAUUCUAUCCGUGUAGCGUCUGGUACGAUUUUUAACGAGAUUAUAGUUUGGAAAGUCGUUUGUGGGUGUUAUACUCCUUGUUUAGACAACAGUCCUUCAAAGGAAAGUGAUAACCAUGUUUGCAAUCGCAAGUACAAAGCUGUUCCGGUCUGUAGACUGGCUGGGCAUAAAGGUUCCAUAUUCCGUAUUACAUGGUCUUUAGAUGGAUCAAAACUAGUGUCGGUCUCUGAUGAUCGCAGUGCUCGUAUAUGGGAAGUUCUUGAUGCUAAAAAAGACUCCAACGAUUCUGCAGAGGUGACCGUCUCUUCUUCCAGUGGACCUGUGCUAUUUGGUCACAGUGCUAGGGUUUGGGAUUGCUGUAUGUCUGACUCUUUAAUCGUCACUGUGGGCGAGGAUUGUACAUGUCGUGUAUGGGGACUAGAUGGAACUCAACUUAGAAUAAUCAAGGAGCACAUAGGGAGGGGAGUAUGGCGAUGCGUGUACGACCCAAGUUCGUCUCUUCUUGUUACUGCUGGAUUUGAUUCUGCCAUAAAAGUUCAUCAGCUGCAUUCUUCUUUACCCAUGGGUUUAACAAGAUGCAACGGUGUGGAAGAUCAUGAAAGAAAGCAAAUAUUUACCAUACAAAUUCCAAACACAAAUCGUACUGGACGAAUGGACAGCAAAAGUGAAUACGUACGUUGCAUGCAUUUUGCAAGUGAAAAUGCACUUUAUGUUGCCACAAACAAUGGAGUCUUGUACCUCGCUAAUAUAUCCGAAACUGGUGACGUGGCAUGGACUCAGCUUUUCCGUGCAAGCGAGGAUAUCGCAAUAGUUUGUAUAAGUGUAUUCCCAGGUGUCGCUUCUAGUGCAGACAACUGGAUUGCUCUGGGAGACGGUAAGGGGAGAUUAACCGUUGUGAGAGUUGUAGGUCUCCCAACACCAGAAGUCAACGUUUCCUUAACUUGGUCUGUUGAAGCCGAACGACAACUUUUGGAAACAUUUUGGUGUGAGUCUCUGGGGCCCACUUUUAUCUUCACAGCUGAUCCUAGAGGAAAGCUGAAGCUAUGGCGUAUUGAGUCAUUUUCUGAGUGUUUAGUAGCAGAGUUCACAUCAUGUUUUCCUAUAAGGAUAUUAUGUUUGGAUGCAUCGUUUCAUGAGGAAGUGUUAGUGUGUGGAGAUCUUCGUGGUAAUCUUGUUUUAUUUCCUUUAUUACGAGACUUGUCGCUCAGUACACCUGCUUCUUCGGUUGCACAAAUUUCGCCUUUAAAUUACUUUAAAGGAGCUCAUGGCAUAUCAAGUGUGACCAGUGUAUCUAUUCAUGGUUCAAGUUCAAGUAACAUUGAAUUACGCUCGACCGGAGGUGAUGGGUGCAUAUGUUAUCUGGAAUAUGAUAAAUUUGAACAAAAAAUGGACUUCAUUGGAAUGAAACAAGUCAAAGAGCUGAGUUUAGUCAAAUCUCUCUUUCCGAAUGACAAUCCUGACUAUGCUAUUGGCUUUGCGUCAGCUGAUUUUAUAAUCUGGAAUUUGUCAACUGAGACUAAGGUAGCUGAAAUUUCAUGCGGUGGAUGGCGGCGUCCUCAUACUUUUCUUCUUGGCGAUAUACCCGAAAUGAAGAAUUGCUUUGCCUUUGUGAAGGAUGAAGUGAUUUAUAUGCACAAGCACUGGGUAGUUGCAAGUGACAAAAUAUAUCCCCAGAAUCUCAAUCUGCAGUUUCAUGGCAGAGAGAUGCACUCAUUAUGUUUCAUUGUCGAUCAUACAAAUAAUUUUCAACCAAGUUUCAUAGCAACAGGCUGUGAAGAUGGAACUGUGAGGUUAACAAGGUACUCUUCAGGUGUUGACAACUGGUCUGCUUCAAAAUUGCUUGGAGAGCAUGUUGGUGGUUCAGCUGUAAGAUCACUUUGCUACGUGCAGAAGGUGCAUGCUUUUACAGAUCAUACGAUGAGUACAGCUGGCGCAGUUAUUAAGCAAGGAACAGAUUUAGACGAUCAGGAAGAUCAGUUUCUGUUAAUUUCAGUUGGUGCAAAAAGGGUCGUAACGGCUUGGAAACGCAAGAGUACAUCAACACCUAAAAGUGAAAUGUUGUUCCAAUGGCUUUCCAGUGAUUUGCCAAACAGAAAAGGUGGUACAAAUUUGAACGGGUCAAAAAAGGUGGAAACGAAUGGAAACGUCAAUAAUGUUUCAAUUGAUAAACCCCUUCCAGAAAAUACGGAAGUUUGCUGCAACGAUGGUAAUGAAAAUGAUUGGCGGUACCUGGCGGUGACUGCAUUUCUUGUGAAGAUUUCGGGUUCAAGGACAUCUGUGUGUUUCAUUGUUGUUUCUUGCUCAGAUGCUACAGUUACAUUAAGGGCUCUAGUAUUACCACAUCGCCUUUGGUUUGACGUUGCACUAUUGGUUCCUUCAGCUUCACCGGUUCUAUCACUGCAACAUGUCAUUAUUCCUGAACUUCCAAGUUGUAAAGAUAAAAGUCAAACAAAAAGUGUGUUUACGGUUAUUAGCGGGUCAACAGAUGGAAGUAUCGCCCUUUGGGAUGUAACUGAAACAGUUCAAACUUUUAUGCAAAAAGUAUCAAACCUAAAGAAGGAAGAUUGCAGAAACUUUCAAAGAAGACCACGCACUGGAAGAGGAAGUCAAGGUGGACGACAAUGGCGGUCACUCGACAACUCAGACAAAAAACCAUCUACCACAUCACCAAAACCCUCAGAGAACAAGAACACUGAGGAUGAUAUGCAAGACCAAACAUCAUUAAACAUGAUACAGCCGUUGCAUGUUUUGAAAAACGUUCACCAAUCUGGGGUGAAUUGUAUUCACGUUUCAGAUGUUAAAGAUUCCGAAUCUUGUUUUUCUUGUAAUGUUGUAAGCGGUGGUGAUGAUCAAGCACUCCACUCUUUUUGUUUCAAUGUUACGGGUUCUGAUAGACGCACUUCAGAAAUGCACUUUCCUCAUCGAGUCGAAACUUCUGGAAACUACCAGAUUAUGUUUUCACAACCCGACAAAAUAGCCUCGGCUCAUAGCUCUGCGGUAAAAGGUGUAUGGACAGAUGGGCGUUGGGUUUUUUCUACUGGGCUUGAUCAACGUUUGCGUUGUUGGGGCGUGUCAACGGAUGGUAAAUUAAGUGAGUAUGGCCAUUUGAUUGUUAGUGUACCAGAACCAGAAGCACUUGAUGUUAGAAAAUACGGAAUAAACCGUUAUCAAAUAGCAGUUGCUGGAAGAGGGAUGCAGAUGAUGGAGUUUAUAGCUCCUGCGGAAGCUUAGUUUGUUUAGUUAAAAAUUAAGAGUAGUUCGAUUGGUAUUUUUUGAUAUUUGAAUUAACUGGUAAAACCUAUUUGGCUCAAGGAUCGAAUCCAGGUUUUCCUAGGUCUCCUAUCAUUGCCCACCAGUGCCUCACUCUGCACCAAGUGAGAGUUGAACCUGCAUCUCCUAAGAGAAAUGCAAGUCUUCCACCACUUGAUCUAGAGAUCAUUGGUCUAAAUGUUUAUUCUGUUGACUAAAUUAUGAAAUAAUUUCUUGAGAUUAGCAUUC